AUGGAAGCGAAUACCUUAGAUGUCCAAGAUUUUUGCGACAGGAAACGACAUAUCCAGAAGCUCAAGAGCGAGAUUAGAUCGCCCUUAGUUCACCCCGUUCCUAGUAUUUUGACUGAAGAGAAUGACGGUCGAUGGUCCGUUGGCCUUCGACGGCUUUUGCGACCAGAGCAACAGGAUAGAUUUAUCGAGCUCAAGGAGCUUUGCAGAAGACAUGGUCUUUACAACUCCAAAGAGGACGACGACAUGCAAGAAGCAAUUUUAUUGAAUUUUUUACGAGCGCGCAAAUUUGAUGUUACUUCUACUUUUGACCAAUUCAAUCUCGCAGUUACUGAGCUCAAGAAACUGAGGAUCCAUGAAUUCUAUGAGAACAUGGAUCUAAAUUCCUAUGAGGAAACAAGAAACAUGUACCCACAAUGGACCGGCAGACGAGAUUAUGACGGCCUCCCAGUCUACGUUCUUCCUCUCAGCCAUCUCACUAAGGACAGAAUUGAGAACUAUUUCUCAACGCUGGAGUCUUGUUCGAUUACCAAAAAGUACUCACAGCCCGGUGUAUCGGCCGCACGUUUGCAUUUUCACGCCUUUUAUCAGAACCUGAUAAACUUUGUGACUCCUCUCUGCUCAGAACUGCCGCGACGGAGUAUGGAGAUUCCUGUUACGGCUUCAACGUACAUCAUCGACAUUAGCGGAGUUAGCUUGAAGCAAUUUUGGGGUAUCAGAAGAUACCUGCAGAUCCUCAGUAUGCUUUCCACCACAUAUUAUCCGGAGACACUUGGUCGAGUAUUUAUCAUCGGCAUGCCGUCAUUCUUCAAAUCAGUAUGGUCAGCUGUGAGCAAAUGGUUCGACCCUGUGACACGGUCGAAGUUUCACAUCUUGAGUGUCUCAGAAGACACGUCCACAUUAAUAUCCUUUAUGGAUCCCUCGAGUCUACCCAUUGCCUACGGAGGUACACUUAAUUGGAGAUACCAUGACAAGCCAAUACUAGACCUACAGGCUCGAAAUCUUAUUAACACACUCUAUCCGCAGAACGUUGAGGGUAACGAAACCCCGAUUGAAGGCCCGGUCGUCUUUCAAGGAGGAUUUUUGAAAUGUCUUGGAACUAAGGAUGGGACGCUGAGGCGAAACAUUUCCAGGCCCAUGAGAGUUCGUCCUAAUGAGGAAGAGAAAGAUUGCACAGCGUGUUCGUAA